CAAGCAGUUGGCAACAAUGUCGAUGACUCUGUCGAUUCGAUAACCAACUUCUGUUUGUUGUUUCCCAUAAAUUAUUUAUAAACAAAACAACACAAAUGGCUGCAAAUAACACGACUGAUGAUCAUUUCGAAGCCGCUGAUUUUGAUGAGGAUGCAGACGAUGAGCAAAUGGUGUCUACAAAUUCGGGACGCAAGCGUCUGUUUAGCAAGGAGCUUCGUUGCAUGAUGUUUGGUUUUGGCGACGACAAGAAUCCCUAUACGGAAACAGUUGAUCUACUCGAGGAUCUGGUCAUUGAGUACAUUGCAGAGACUACACACCGCGCAAUGGAAAUCGGACGUACUGGACGUGUCCAAGUUGAAGAUAUAAUAUUUCUGGUGCGCAAAGAUCAGCGUAAAUAUGCCAGGGUAAAGGAUUUGCUGACUAUGAACGAAGAGUUGAAAAAGGCGCGUAAGGCUUUCGAUGAAAUCAAGUAUGUGGGAAACGAGGGAAAGGCCAAAUGACGUAAAAGAAAAAAGCGCGCUGCGCCAACUGAGAAUAACAGGAGAUAAUAACGUUUAGCAUAAGUAAUACUUUUAAUUGUACAAUAACAUAUUAAGAAAUCUUCUAUGUCAAUAUCCGUAAUAAUUAUAUCAAUCAAAGUAAUCUUC